AUGUUCGUUGAAACGCCUGUUGUAAAAGUAAUUUCACAGACCCUAGAAUCAGAUAAGAGUGUUUUACUAGUCGGGGAACCUGGUAUUGGUAAGAGUAUGUUGAUGCAUCACAUAGCUUUAACGCAUCAAAGUUAUUCUCAAAUUACACCACUGCUAGCAGCGUGCUUGGGAGGAAAUGAGAUGAUAGUACAAUUGCUUUUAGACAAAGAAGAUGGUGUUGACCAGAUUGAUUGUAUUGAAAAGACAGGUCUGACAGCUGCUAGCAAAAACGCUAAUAAGAAUAUAAUAAGCCGGGCUACUGAUAUGGGAGAGACACCUCUGAUAGCUGCUUGUAAGAGUGGAAAUGAGAAAAUAGUACAGCUACUUAUAGACAAAGGAUGUGAUGUUUACCGGGUUGGUCCUUUCGGAGAGACACCUCUGACAGCUGCUUGUAACAGAGGUAAUGAGAAGAUAGUACAGAUACUUAUAGAACAAGUAUGCAGUGUUAACCAGGUUGCUAAUUUUGGAAAUACACCGCUGACAGCUGCAUGUAACAGUAGAAAUGAGAAGAUAGUACAGUUACUUCUUGACAAAGGGUGUGAUGUAAACAUGGUUGAUCGUAUGAAAAAGACACCUCUAACAGUUGCUUGUAGAAAAGGAAUUGAGAAGAUAGUACAGUGUCUUAUAGACAAAGGAGGUGAUGUUAACCAGUUUACUACUUCUGGACAGACACCUCUGACAGCUGCUUGUAACAGUGAAAAUGAGAAAAUAGUACAGUUACUUUUGGACCAAAAAGGGUAUGUUAACCAGGUUGAUGGUAAAAGACAGACACCUCUUAUAGCUGCUUGUAGAAAAGGAAAUCAGAAUAUAGUACGUCUACUUAUGACCAAACAUUGUGAUGUGAACCAGAUUGAUAAUAUAAGAGAGACACCUCUGACAGCUGCUUGCAAAAGUGGAAAUGAGGAGAUAGUAUCACUACUUAUAGACAAAGGAUGCGAUGUUAAUCAGGAUGCUCUUUCCGGAGAGACACCACUAACAGCUGCUUGUACUAACAGUGAUAACAUGAAAACGGUACAGUUACUUUUGGACAAAGAAUGUGAUGUUAACCAGAUUGAUGGUAAAAAACAGACACCUCUUAUAGUUGCGUGUAGUACAGGAAAUGAGAAGAUUGUAAGAUUAAUUCUAGACAAAAACGGUAAUGCAAACCAGGUUGACGGUAUUGAACAGACACCUCUGACAGCUGCUUGCGGGGGAGGACACGAGGAGAUAGUACGCUUACUUAUAAAUAAAGGAUGCGAUGUUAAUCAGUUUGCUACUUUUGGAAAGACACCUAUGACAGCUGCUUGUUACAGUGGAAAUGAGAAAACAGUACAGUUACUUAUGGAUAAAGGAUGUAAUGUUAAUCAGGUUGAUGGUAUAGGUGGUACACCUCUGACAGCUGCGUGUUUGAGCAGAAAUGAAAUGAUAGUACAGUUGCUUAUAGACAACGAUGGUGAUGUUUACCAGAUUGAUGACAAUAAAACGACUCCGCUUAUAGCUGCUUGUAGUAGUGGAAAUGAGAUGAUAAUAAGGUUAAUCAUAGACCAGAUAUCUGAUAUUAACCAGGUGAAUGGUAGGAGUGAAACACCCUUGACAGUUGCUUGUGACAAGGGAAAUGAGAAGAUAGUACAGUUACUUAUAGACAAACGAUUAGAUGUUAACCAGGCUGCUCCAUUGGGAGACACACCCCUGACAGCUGCUUGUAACAGUGGAAAAGAAAAGAUAGUACAGUUACUUAUAAACAAAGGAGCUGAUAUUAACCUGGAAGAUGAUAUGGGAGAGACACCUCUGAUAGCUGCUUCCAAGAAGGGAAAUGAGAAUAUGGUAGAUUUACUUAUAGACAAAGGAUGUGAUAUUAACCAGGUUAAUGGUAUAGGAGAGACACCUCUGACAGCUGCAUGCAAAAGAGAACAUGAUAAUAUGGUAGAUUUACUUAUAGACAAAGGAUGUGAAAUUAACCUGAUUAAGGGUAUGAGGGAGACACCUCUGACUGCUGCAUGCAUGAGCGGACAUACGAACAUGGUACAUUUAAUUAUAGACAAAGGCUGUGAAAUUAACCAAGUUAAUGGUAAGGGAGAGACACCUCUGACAGCAGCAUGCAAGAGGGGACAGGAAAAUAUGGUACAUUUACUUAUAGACAAAGGCUGUGAAAUUAAUCUGGUUAAUGGUAAUGGAGAGACACCUCUGACAGCUGCUAGAAUGAUGGGAAAUGAAAAUGUAGCACAGUUACUUAUAGACAAAGGCUGUGAUAAUAACAAGUUUGCUGGAAAGCUGUCGAGGGAAGGAGGAAAAUGCAUUAUAUUAUAA